UUAUCUACGCGCGCGUAAAAUUGAAGAGCUUACCGACCGUUUUAGGAGGACCUCGUUUUAGCUCUAGAGCCUAGAUGUCGAAGAGACGGCAGUAUAGAAGGCGUAGAGGGAGUGAGGAGGAAUCAGAGGAGCCAGAGAAAUCCGUGGGAGAAGAUGAGACGGUCAGCAAGACCCUUCAGGAGGCCAAAGAGGCUCAGAAGUACCGCCGGCGACCUGCAGGGGUCAGUGCUGUGGGCCUUGCCUUUGGGAAGAAGUUCUCUGAUGAGGAAGCAAUAGCACCAGACCCUUUCAAACUAACGACAGGAGGUCUUGUAGAGCUGAGAGACAUCAAAACAUCGGACAUGCAGGGGGCAGACGAUGAAGUUGUCAAACUAAGUGCAAACUUCUCUGCCGAGACUAAGAAACUGGACAACGAGGAACACAUGCUUGAUUACAUAGAGAAGGAGAUGGCAAAGAGAAAACCGGUGGCUUCUGACAGAGACGAAGACAUUUCGAGAUAUGACCAGAAGAUCAAGGCCCUCUACCAGGUCCCGGAGAAUCUCCAGGUUAAGAAGAAGGAACAGUCGGAGGAAAUGCUGUCCAAUCAGAUGCUCUCUGGCAUACCCGAAGUGGACCUGGGGCUAGAGUAAGCAUUGUGUACGUACUACCCUCGGAACAGUAUGUGACAGCAUCGUGUUAUGCAGAGCAAGAUUUUCCAACAUUGAAGAGACGGAGCAAGCCAGACAGGAGCAACUCAAACAGUAUUUGCAUAUCCACACAACCAAAACUGUUCCUAACACCUUGUUUUUUUCACCUCACAGUAAGCCGGGAGACACACCCAACAAAAACUUUACCCUUCACAGCCUGAGAUUCCACCGAGUCAGCAAAGAGCCACACCUGCGAAAAAGCAAGGAGGAGGAGGUGGAGCCUGCAAAACCGGCAUUCAUUCCUGUGGUGGGGGAGAAUGAACCUGAGCUGGUACCCGCUGGACAGGGGGUUGAUAACAAGAGGAAGAAGAAACUGGAGCAGGCACAGAUGGCCACGGACGACUACCACUAUGACAGAUUCAGGAAGAAAACGAGGAUGUUCUAAUUGUUGCACACCCUCCUUAUCUGCCACCUUACUGUGUACCUUGCUGUGCAAAUUUUUGUUUGGUUCUUUAUGAAAAAAUGUUGUGGGGGU